AUGUUUGACGACUGGAUUUGUUUAUAUUUGUCAUCAACUUUUUGUGCCUUAGCUUUUCUAGUGAAUCCGAUAUUUAUACAUUUGAUUGUCUCAGAAAAGUCGGCAGUUUUUGGUAAUUAUCGAUACUUGCUUUUGUGUUUUGCAGUUUUCAACAUGAUUUACUCAAUGAUGAAUGUUUUGGUUCCGCUGGAAAUCCACAACUACCGCUACUCAUCUGUGGUGUUUGUCAGAUACGGUUGGUUCCAAACAAGCAGCUCUGAGUUUAAUUACCAUAUGCUCACUGCUCGCUGCUCAUUUAUAGGAUCUAGCUAUGCAGUCUUAUUAAGUCAUUUCAUAUAUCGAUAUCUUGUAAUUCUCGAUUCAAGUCUAACAAGACAUCACUUCCACAUGACUGGAUCGUUUUUAUUGUGUUUGGUUUAUUAUUCUUUGUGGUACGCCACGUGUUAUUUCCCAGGCAAGGCAAAUUCGGAGCUUCUCCAAUAUAUUCGUGUGGAUUUUCAAGAAAAUUUCGGAAUAGAUUCAACGAAUUUGAACAUGAUGGGAUCGAUGUUCAGCGUUGGAUCUGACAAAACGACUCUACGGGCAUGGGAACUCAUAACAAGUUUGUCAACAAUAUCCAUUGUAUCUAUCACAUCAUUUUUUGUGAUGGCUCGAUUGAUAAUGCAAAAGCUCAAGACAAUGUCAGUGAGAACAAGCCAAAAAACUUCACGACUUCAAUUUGAGCUCCUCAGAGCUCUAAUUGUACAAACAGUCAUUCCAAUCUUCAUCAGUUUUUCGCCGUGUCUACUGUGUUGGUAUAGCCCAAUUUUUGGUAUACAACUGAACAAAUCGUUCAAUUAUUUCGAAUCCAUCGCUUUGGGAGUGUUUUCCUUCGUGGACCCUAUCGCUAUCAUUUUUUGUCUUCCUAUAUUCCGCCGCAGAAUUCUCAACGCAAUAAACUGUUUUUCGAAAACCUGCAAUGAGAAUUCAACGAUUUUUAUAACUUUGUGA